GGACAUUUAAUUUUUAGCUCAAUAUUUAGCAUUCAUGCUUUCAGGCUAUUGCUGUUCAUUACCGUGCGUUGGUUAACCAAGGCGUGCAAAGCCCAAGGACCAGGUGGCAGCGCCUGCGCGUCAUGGCUGUGCUCAGCGCAGUCCCGCCCGAGCGUGAGGCACUCCGCAGAGCCUUCUGGGAGUCGUAAUUGUUCUGCUCUCGGGCCGCAGUAACGCAUUUCCUGUGCGCCCCUAAUAGCUGCCGUUGGCUGGAUGCGUGCUGGGAGACCGUAGUUCUGCGUUUGGCGUCGGUUACCUGUCGCAGUUACCUGAGCUGGGGCGGGCGCCACGAAGUCAACAGCGAGGACGGUGGCGGGACCAUACGUAGGCUCGUCUGUCUCACUCCUUACUGCCCAGACCAGGAACGGUGUUCUGACCCCAUCGCGUCAGUCCUGCCACCCCCGGGGGGCGCUCAAAAUUGACCGUGGGAAUGGCCACCAGGGUUCGGACAGCUGCUAUCUGGGUCCCACCUCUCCAAGAACCAGACAGCUCAUGCCACAGGAUCAGGAAGCUGCAAGGUCAGGAAUCCAUCCUGGGUCAAGGGACUCUUGACCAGAGGCCUCUCAUUGGAGGACCCAGGCAGAGACCUAAAAGUCAAGUUCUAGAGUGGCUGUUUAUUUCCCAGGAACAGCUGAAAACCACAAAGUCCCGAGAAUCAGUGUCAUUCAUGGAUGUGUUUGUGGACUUUACCCGGGAAGAGUGGCAGCUGCUGGACCGAGCUCAGAAGAAAUUGUACAGGAGUGUGAUGUUGGAGAACUAUAGCAACCUGGUGUCCCUAGGGUAUCAACACACCAAACCCAACAUCAUCUUCAAGUUGGAACAAGGAGAAGAGCUGUGGAUGAUGCAGACCCACAUGCCAAGUGAAGGUCAUCCAGUGACACCACAUUGA